AUGGGAUGGAUGUCAUGGACGGCGUUCUACUGCGAAAUGGACUGUGUUAAACAUCCAAAAUCCUGCAUAAAUGAGAAUCUCUACAUGGAAAUGGCGAACGCCUUAGUAGUUGGUGGUUAUCGAGAUGCCGGCUACGUGAGCGUGCAUGUAGACGACUGUUGGAUGGGACGCCAACGGGAUCGGGCCACAGGGAAGCUCACUGCUGAUCCAAUCCGAUUUCCCAGCGGGAUGCACAACUUAGCCAGAUACGUCAGUAGAUUACAUAUUCAAAAAAGAAGCAGUGAACUUGUUACUGAAUGCCUUCUUCAGAUGCACGUCAGAGGGCUAAAAUUCGGUAUCUACGAGGACUUUGGUACGAAGACAUGCGCCGGGUUUCCUGGCAGCUUGGGUCAUUUGCAGCUUGAUGCCAACACAUUUGCUGAAUGGGAAGUAGACUAUUUGAAACUAGAUGGCUGCAAUGUGGAUACGGCACUGAUGCCUCAAGAACGUAGAGCUUCCUAA